AUGGCGCCGAUACAGCAGAAAGCAUUGCUCAACUGCGACAUGGGAGAAGCCUACGGCAACUGGACAUGUGGCCCCGACCUAGAACUCCUCCCCAUGAUCGACAUCGCCAACAUCGCAUGUGGGUUCCACGGUGGCGAUCCUUUGAUCAUGAUGGAGACCGUCCGGAACUGUAAAGCCCACAACGUCCGAAUGGGGGCCCAUCCCGGACUACCGGAUCUCCAAGGGUUCGGGCGACGGGAGAUGAAACUCUCGCCGGAGGAGCUCACCGCGAUGACCAUCUACCAGGUGGGCGCUCUCCAGGGCUUCCUGGACCGCGAGGCCGUGCCUCUCCACCACGUCAAACCCCACGGGGUGUUGUACGGCAUGAUGUGUCGCGACUACGAGGUGGCCAAGGCGGUGAUGCUGGGGAUUCCCAAGGGUGUGCCGGUGUUCGGACUGGCCGGAACACAAAUGGAAAAGGCGGCGACGGACCUGGGAAUCGAGUUCUGGGCGGAACUAUACGGUGACGUCAAGUAUGAUUCGAAGGGUAUGCUGGUGAUUGACCGGAAGAAGAAACCUUGGGACCUUGGGGAGCUGGAAAAACACGUGCGACAGCAGAUCGAGGAGCAAUCGGUGACUGCAACCGAUGGUAGCACGGUGCAGCUGCCUUUGAAGAAGUAUCCUCUGUCCAUCUGUUGUCACUCUGAUUCUCCCGGUUGUGUCGAUAUCAUCACCACGACAAGACGGGUGGCGGAUGAGUUCAACCAGAAGCAUGGAAAAUGA